GGAGAAACAUGGAGCUGAAUUGACGUUCUCAUGUUGUUCUCCUGAUUGAAGCUCUCGGAUGAAAGAUCUCAUGAAGGAUGGACGCUCUGGAGAUGACAUUAGACGAGGUGGCGCUGGAGGGACUGGACGGUAUAACCAUCCCGUCCCUGUGGAUCAGACUGGAGGACAGACAGCCUCGGUUCCCCCGGAGUCUGGACACUUUAACUAAAGAGUAUUUAUUUAAAUAUCUGGUCUCUCAUGAGGAGGUUUCAUUCCACCUGCUGCCCCAGAACCGAGAAGCAGUCAUCUUAUAUGACCGGUUUUCGGACAUCGACCCUGAAACGGGGAUCCAGGAGCUGCGCCGCUCUGUGAGCCAGCAGCAGGACGUUUACCCGGUCAGCGUCAUCAAGGACGAUCCGCAGGGUGUCCAGGGUUCCUGUCUGUAUUACAGAGAGAGAAAGGACGUCGGCGCCCUCAUCCGGACCGAGACGAGGGCGCCCAAACUUACGCUGCAGGGGGCGCUCAAAAAGUGGGGGAAUAAGCUGGUUCUCGUGGCGAGUCGGCACAUACGAAGCCGAGCCCUGAUUGGCUCUGAGGGGAACCCCGAGCUGAAGCUGAGCGACCCGUCGUACUGUAUCCUGGAGCGACUGGGCCGAGCGCGCUGGCAGGGGGAGGUGCAGCGCGACCUACACAACUGCGCAUUCAGGUUGGACGCCGGGAAGAUCCAUUACCUGCGUAAAUCUCUGGAUAAGAACGGUCUGAUCACCAUGCAGUCGCAGGUGGUCCGGCUCCCCUCCGGAGCUCAGCAGCACUCCAUCCUGCUGCUGCUCAAACGCUUCCACGUCGACAGGAGGAGUAAGUACGACAUUCUGAUGGAGCUCACGUCGAACAUCCUGUCAGAAAUGCCCAACCACAUCGGCAUCAUGAUCAAACUACGUGACCAGCUGCACGUGUGUGAGCGUACCUUUAAGAAGAUGUAUCAGUACAUGUUAGCCGCUAAGAUGGUGAGCGUGGUGACCCUCCCGCUGCAGGAGCUGAACCCCGACGCCGGACCCUGCAAAACCAAAAAAGGUACGGACGUCCGCGUUCGCUGCCUGAAGCUCCUGAAGCCGUACAGCAGGAACAAGGUGGAGGACGGAGACGAGGAGGACGAGGACGGGGACGGUCCGGCCAGGAGGAGCGUCCAGCCUCAGGCUCGAGACCUGGAGCGCGACCUGCUGACCCAGGCUUACGAGAUCGUGGUGACGACCGGGUCUAAGGGGAUUUCCCAGUCGGAGUUACGGACCCGCCUGAACGUGGGGAAGCUGGAGAGCAGGAUGAUCUGCAAGGUGCUGGACAGGAACAAGAUGAUCAAGGGGUUCAUGGAGGACGAGGGCCGACAAAGAACCACCAAGUACAUCAGCAAACUCUUCGUGGAGCAGAGUAAACUGAACCUGGACUUCACCAAAGAGAGGGAGCGCAGCGAGAAACUCCGAGCCCCACAGGGCGCCACGCCCGGUCCUCCCCCCGACACCCAGGAACCCGAGGAGGAGGAGGAGGCGCCGCCCAAAGGGAGGAAACAGCAGAGGAAGUCCACGGGGAGGAACAAGGCGGCUAAAAAGGGGACGAAGCGCAAAGCUAAGAAAUCGCCGCCCAGACACUCCACCCCACUCAGGAAGAAACCCGGUCGUCCCAGGUCCAGCCGUAAAUCUUCCACGCUGGCGGAUCUCGGUGAAGCCCAGGAUUCGCUCCUGACCCAGGACGGUCCCGCUGACCACACCCCCAGCAUCAUCAGCCAAUCACAGACGGCGGAUGACAGCAUGACGGUGAUAGAAGAGGUCGUCUCUAAACCAGAGGAGAUGCUGAAGAAAAGACGUGAGGAGAUCCAUCAGACGUACCGCCUGCUCAAACGCAAAAACAUCAUCAUCGAGGCCGUCCGCAACCUGAAGGUCAUCGAGGGGCUGUACACGCUGCAGAAGAAGCUGAUGGACGAGGAGAAGCUGGACGGCGUGAACACUAAGGUGUGUAAGAAGAGCAUCCUCAGACUCACCCGGACCCUGGCCAGAGACGGGUUCCUCAAGCUCUACAGGACCACCGUCAUCCAGGACGGGGUCAGCAAGAAGGUGGAGUUUGUGGUUCAUCCCUCCGUCACUCCGGACGAUCCGUUAGUGAGGAGCGCCAUCGAGCAGGUCCGCUUCAAGAUCUCCAGUUCCUCCUCAGUGCACCGUUUGAAGGUGGAGGAGAAGAGGAAGUCCUCGUCUCAGGAUGGGACGGACGCUGGGUCUCAGCUGAACGUUUCGGGUCUUCAGGCUCUGGAGGUUCAGACGGGGCCGAAGGAGGAGAAGUUCAAACCCGUCAUAGUUCCAGGUCUAAGCCGGGCUCUGGGGUACCAGCCCAAAAUGUCCCGUCUGCAGGUGGUCCACGCGUUCCUGUGGUACCUGAUCUACGGUCACCCGCUGAACGCUGCGCCCGAUAACGACCCCAAACCUGCGCCCCCCGACCCCCAGACUGACCCCGGGGUGCAGGACGUUCCCCAGUCCCUCGGUGCAGAACUGAACCCUGAUCAGGAGGACGCAGGUUCUGCUGCACCCACAUCUGGAGGCCAGGAGCAGUUUAAAGUGUACGUGAACGAGGAGAGCUGGAGGAGGUUCAUUCCCCCGUUGCCGGUACACCGAGGGUUUGGUAACGGUUGGGCUUUUAUGAGUGACGUGAUGAUCUCACUUCCUCUCAGUGUUUACGUCCAAAUCAUCCAGAUUGGCUACAAGGUGGACGGGUUGAAGGGGUACCUGCAUGACCCAGUGAAGCAGCAUUACCUCAUCAGGUUCCUCCCCGCCCAAAUGAAAAGACAGAUCCUGCACCGCCGGAAGUACUACUUCAGUUUCUUUGAGAAUCUACAGAAGUUGUGUUAUAUGGGGCUGCUGCAGUUCGGCCCCAGCGUCAAGUUCAUGGAGAAGGAUCAGUGUUUUAUCUUCCUGAAGAAACGAGCGACCAUCGUGGACACGACGGCGUGUGAGCCGCACUAUAACCUGGCUGUGGGGACACGCCCGUUUGAGAGGAGUCACUACACCUUCAACACCAACCAGGACGUGAAGAACUACUGGUUCGACCUGCAGUGUGUGUGUCUCAACACUCCGCUGGGAGUGAUCCGUCCUCGCGUCCGCACCGGUGAAGACGACGGAGAGGGGGAGGCGCCCGACGUCCCCGUGUCGUCCAUACGCUACGAGAAGCUGGCGUACACGCUACAGGGGAGCAGCGAGGUGGUGGAUGAGGGCGUGGUCCCGGGUGACGGGCAGGGCGCCGGAGGGCUGGACUCGUCCUUCUUCAGUCACCUGAAGCGCAACUGGUUCUGGACAACACACCUACUGGACAAACCCAAGCAGCCUGGAGAGAGUCGCACCGUCCGUCUGAGGAACCUGCUGUCCAAACACCCCCUCCCCAAAUCAGUGUGUGCAGCGGUCCAGAACGAGGGCCCCGGGGCCGCGCCCGUGUUUAAGGAGGAGGAGGUGGAGGUGCGGGUGGAGCCCAGCUCCAGGAACCAGCAGGUGCGCGGCGGGAAGAAACAGAAGCGCAAGAGGCAGAAGAAGGACACCCCCCCCAAACCUCCCAAAAAGAGACGCAAGGUGGCGAGCGUGAGGAAGAGGACCCGGUGCCAGGAUGAGACGGACCGUAACGCCCUGAUGAGGAUGACCCGGCAGAGGGUGACGUGGACUCACCUGGAGGACGGCGUGCUCAUGCUGUGUAGAGUCACCAGUCACUUCCUCAACCGCAAGAUAAAGAAGCCGUUCGUGGGCUGGAACGUGGUACGUGAUAUCCUCCACAGAGAUCUGGAACUGUCUCUAGAUAAAACCUCUCUGGCGGUGGGGCGACGCUCUCGCUACAUCAUGAAGAACCCACAGACGCAACUCAACUACAGGAUCUGUCUAGCUGAAGUGUAUCAGGAUAAAACCCUGGUUGACGAGUUCAUGAACAGAAGCAACAACUACACCGACCAAAACGUGUGUGCUGAGGAGUUUAAUGAGUUCGUGAAGAUGCUCAAAGCCAAGCUGAGCUCCAGUUACGGACCCAGUGAUGUCAUCAUACCUGAUAGCAAAGAGGAACUGUUCAACAGGUUUAAACUCUACACUAUAGGAGAGGAAGCAGCACCGAGCACCGACCUCCUCAACAGUGUGGAGGACGUGCACCCUCUGGUGCUGAAUAAUUUGAUCCAGAGCACUCUCGUCCUCUCCAACUCCCAGAUGAAGCCCAGCCGAGCCUUCCAGUCGUUCUCUCUCUACAGUAAAUAUAAACAGGAAGUGCUGCUGCAGGUCUUCCUGGCCUGUAAAAAACUGAGGUUGGUGAACCGUCGCCGUGCCAACAAGUUCAUCGGGCCCAAGAAGAACCGAGCCGUGCCCUGCCUGCCCAUGUCCUACCAGCUCUCUCAGCUCUACUACAGGUACUUCACCUGGCGCUUCCCCAGUACGAUGCAUAACGAGGUGUACGACCUGCUGGAAGCUCUGCGCCAGAGAGGAACAGCAGAUCGCCCCAGCGCCUUCUACUUCCAGCCCGGAGGAGGAGGAGACGCCGAGGGGACGCACCAGAACCUGGGGGCAUCGGGAGAACCUCAGAGUUCUGAGGGACGUCCAGACGUGAGUGAGAUGUUGCCGUUUCCCAUGGACGCUCCGGGAGGAGCCACGGCCUGCUGCCUCACACUGAUGAGUCUGGGCAUGAUGAGUGUGGACGUGUCCAUCCCACAGCAGAUCGUGGUGGUGGACAGCACACUGGUGGAUAACGAGGUGGUCAAGAGCAGUUUCGCCCGUGAGCUGGACGAGGAGGACGAGGAUGAGGGCGGAGCUCGGUUCGAGGUGAAGGCUCGUCAGGCCUCUCACACCAACUACCUGCUGAUGAAAGGAUACUUCGUCCCGGGGAUCAUCAGCCUGAGGAACAUCACGUCCACCGAGCACAUCGCCGUCAACGCCUGCGUCCUGCACGUCCGGCUCCGGAACACGCGCUCACACACACUGUUCACGCCCGGCGACGGCGUGUUCUCCCCGGCUCCGGCUCCACCCGCCUCCCUGUCCCGGAUGUUCGACCGGCGGCGUGCCUGUGGGCGGAGCUUCCCGGAGGAAUGCGCGGCACAGUUGGGUUACACCAGGCAGGAUGUAAAGGCUGUGCGGGGGCUCACGGUCGCCGUGGAAACCUCGGCGGAGCUGGGCGUCGACCUGCGCGACCUGUGCGGGGCGCAUGCUCACCUGGAACAGGUGCUGGAGGGGAGGAGCCGAAAUCUGCAGCAGUACAUCCAGGAUCUGCUGGACCGUGAGGAGAUGGUUGAAGUGGGCGCGGUCUCUCGGCGCUUGGUGUGUAUGCGCUUCGCCGCUCCGUGGCUGCUGCACUGCCCCAAAGUAUUCAGCUCUCAAGAUGCCACAUCUACCCCUGAAGCCCCGCCCACCUCCAAUAACACCGCCUGUGAUGCUCCACCCACCUCUAGCGACGCCGUCCCUGAAGCUCCACCCACUUCAGACAAGCCACCUCUGAAGAGACCUUUAGAUCAUGUGGACGAUGACGACGUAGCUCCUCCCACCAAAAGACCCAACGUGGAGACUGUUGCUACGGAAACCACCGCUCCUACAGGAGAAUCCAGCAUGGAAGUGGGCGUGGAUGACAACCCUCCAGAUGUGCCCCCUUCGUUUAAAGAGGAGACUGGGUGCAGUGACAAGGUCCAGGGCUCCGUGCUGAACAGCAGUUCCCUGAUGCCCGGUGAAGAAGGAACCGGUGCGAGAACAGAGGACGAGACGCUGGCCUUCGUGGCCCGGCCGUGGCGUAUCGUGGACGGCUCGUUGAACGCGCCGGUGUGUAAGGGGAUGCUGGAGGCUCUGCUCUCACACGUCAUGACCCACCCGGGGGUUCCUGAACCCGCCCUGCUGCAGCACUACAGCGGCGUCCUGCAGCCCCUGCUCAUCCUGGACUUGCUGGAGGUUCUCCUGGAGUUAGGCUGUGUGAGGAAGAGCUUCACCGUGACCCCACCCAAACCCUCGCUCUUCUCUCGCCCCUGCCUCCCCCGGCUCAGGGAACAGGGCGGGGUCAGCGUGCUGGACCAGGUGGUGGCCUUUUACGAGCCCACGGUGGACUGCAGUGUGAGACUCGCCCGGCUCCUCCCUCACCAGAACAACUGGAACAGAUGGGUGCAGCUGUGUGUGCGCUGAGCUUACACACCAUAUAUACACCAUACACACACACACACACACACACACACACACACCCACACACACACGAUACAUACACACACCACACACACACACACACACACACACACACACGAUACAUACACACACACACACACACACACACAGACACACGAUACAUACACACCACACACACACACACACGAUACAUACACAUCACACACACACACACACACACACACACACACACAAUACACACACAUACACACAAUAAACACACACACACACAAUACACACACAUACACACAAUAAACACACACACACACCAUACACACACACACACAAUACACACACAUACACACAAUAAACACACACACACACAAUACACACACAUACACACAAUAAACACACACACACACACACGAUACAUACACACACACACAGACACACGAUACAUACACACCACACACACACACACACACGAUACAUACACACCACACACACACACACACACACCCACACACACCAUAUAUAUACACACACACACACACACACACACCCACACACACACCACACGAUCCAUACACACAUGAUACACACACACACACACACAAUAAACAUACACACACCACACACUACACGAUACAUACACACCAUACACACACACACACACACACCACACGAUACAUACACACUAUACACACACACACACACACACACCACACGAUACAUACACACCAUACACACAUGAUACACACACACACACACAAUAAACACACACACACACACACCAUACACACACACACACGAUACACACACACACACACACCAUACACACACACAAUAAACACACACACCAUACACACACACACACAUGAUACACACACAUACAAUACACACACAAUACACACACACACACAAUACACACACACACACAAUAAACACACACACACGCACAAUAAACACACACACACACACAAUAAACACACACACACGCACAAUAAACACACACACACACAUGAUACACACACAAUAAACACACACACACACCAUACACACACACACACAUGAUACACACACAAUAAACACACACACACACAAUAAACACACACACAUGAUACACACAAUAAACACACACACACACACACCAUACACACACACACACAAUACACACACAUACACACAAUACACACACACAAUAAACACACACACACACACUACACACACAUACACACCAUACACACACAUAAUCAUGAUACACACACAUGAUUUACACACACGCACAAUAAACACAUACACACACAUGAUACACACACACACACCAUACACACACACACACACCACACACACACACACAUACACACAAUAAACACACACACACACCAUACACACACAUAAUCAUGACACACACACAUGAUUUACACACACAAUAAACACACAAACACGAUACACACAAUAAAUAAACUCACAGACAAACACAUGAUACACACCAUAAACACACACACACACAAUAUAAACAAACACAUGAUACACAAACACACUAUACACACACAAAAACACACGCAAUACACACACACACACAAUAUACACAUGCAAUACACACCAAUACAAUGUCCACACACACAUUGUUAAUGCACACACACACUCAUACAUAACACACACUUGAUACAAACAGACGAUACACACACAUACAUAAUACACACUCAACACACACACUUGAUACAAACACACACGCACGAUUCAUACACAUGCAAUACACACACACAAUACACACACACACAUAUGCAAUACACACAUACAUUGUUAAUGCACACACACACUCAUACAUAACACACUCUUGUGCAAUACACACACAGUACACAAGCAGACUUUUUAAACACACACUGUAUUUACACACUUGGGGUCACAAAGUGUGUGUUUUAAUUUAAAGAUCUGAGAGUUACAGAUGUUCUAUCAGGACGCUUUGAUGUUGUGUUUGAUGUUAUGUGUGUAUAUAAUCAGUCCUGUUAGGAAGAACUCGUCCUCCAGACAGACUCUCGCUGAGCGUAAGGUGACAGUCUGGGUUUUACUCUAGACCUUGGUAAAGCGACCACUGUUCCCUGAACCAUCUAAGCUGCAGUACAGAAUAUUUUAAUCUCUAUCACACACACACCAAGCGUCUGAGCAGAACCGGGUGUGGGACGGAUCCUGUCCUGUUCCAGGCUCCCAAAUCAGGGAAAACAAACGUCAGCCAAUCAGCAGCUGGAUCACACGGACUGAAUCGGUUUGGCGUUUGUAAUUUCUGACGUUUACGUUAUUUUGUCUUCGCUGUUCUGUCCCAAAUCAAAACUAAUAAAAUAUUUUGUUUA